AUGAACAUUUCCGAAGUCGACAGAACAUUACUAAAUUCUACAAAUGUGUAUAAUGCAAGCAAUGGAGAGUACCAUGUUAAUCAGACUUUAAACAGAACUUAUAUUCAUAAUUCAAAGCAUCACAAGCUUAUAGAAACACCUCAAGGGUUAAAAGUGAUUAUUGAUAAGAAGGUAAAUGACUUGGAUAAAGUUUUUUAUUCUAGAGGAAAAGUUGUGCCACCUGAUGAAUUGUUAGAUAUGAUGAAACUUGAUAGUUUAAAAAUACCCAUGAAACUAAGGGAAGAUUUUAAGGAUGAUGCUAAACUACCAGAUUCUGAUUUAUUGAAAGUAAUCCAUUACUUUGUCAGUAAAAAGUUGGGAGAGGAGAAAAAUAAGGGCGAUAUAAGCAAAAUGGUUCAGUCUAUGGACGAGACUGCUCUAAUUGCAAUGGGGUUGUUAAUUGAGUCAUGGUGUGAGGAAUUAAUUACUGAUGAUACAGCGAAACAUUUUCUCACAACACACAAUGAUGACCCAACUAUCUUACUAUCUGACGAAGAGAGUGACACUAAGGUGAAUAAUGAAGAUGCUGAAUACGAAGACGAAGAAUAA